AUGAAAGCCGUCACCAUCUCUCUUGCUGCUUUAGUGGUGCCUCUCGCCUUCUCUCUGCCUACAGAAUUGACUGUGCGACAAACCCAGCCCAGGGUUCAGAUUAAUUCUGCUUUCUACGCAACCUUGCGACGAUACACCGAAUUCUCAGUAGCAUCUUUAGCAACUUUCACUUUCAACCUAGGCAAAUGCCCUAGCCCACCCUCCGGAUCAUCACUCGUGCGCACGAUCGUCAACUCCGCAACUGACACUCAAGUCGCCAUCUUUCAGGACGAUGCGAGCCGAGAAUUCAUUGUCUCCUUCUCAGGCACAUGGUCGGUUCAGGACUUCCUGACGGACUUCAGCUUCGUUUCCAUUCCGCAGGGUACAGCGCAGGGCUGCACAGGUUGCAAAGCACACGCCGGAUUUUAUGUUGCGUGGCGUUCCGUUGCGGACAAUGUUACCACCGCUCUCUCCGAACUGCGUACCCAGAAACCAGGCUACUCGACCACAAUCACGGGUCACAGUUUGGGAGGUGCUCUCGCCAGUCUCGCCUACACAGAUCUAAAAGCCGCUGGCGUGCCUCUCAACAUUGCAUACACCUUCGGUUCCCCUCGUGUCGGCAACCCAGCAUACGCCGACUUCACUGACAAGUUGUCCGGAGCAAGCAAUACGCAGUUGGGAACCCUGAUCCGCGUUACGCAUAAUACCGAUGGCGUUCCGGGCUUGCCUUCGAAUGCUAUGGGCUUCCAACACACGCGCACUGAAAUUUACGAACUGGACGACGCUAGUGGGAAUCAAACGCCGGAAACAACAUUCCGCUGCUUUGGACAGGAGGCUGCUGAUUGCAACAAAGGCACUGCAAUGGGAUUCAUCAACCUGGACCAUCUUGAGUAUACCAAUGUUGACAUGACGAACCUGAGUGAGGAUCAGUGCAAGUAG